AUGGCUUAUGCCGGGGUCAAUGGGAAUCCGGCUGGAGCAAAUAUCCUGAUUGCGACUUCGACAGACUUCUCAACCUGGACUGUCCGUGAUGGCUACGAUGCUUUGCCCGUCCUACCGUCCUGGGCGGCCUCGCCUCCUCAUGUUUGGGCUCCGGAUGUGACACAGUUGGACAACGGCGCGUUCGUGCUUUACUAUUCUGUGUCAAUGGCAGAAAGCCCUGCCAAACACUGUGUUGCUGCUGCGACUGCACCGAAUCCAGAGGGACCGUUCACCCCAGUCCAGACGCCCCUUUUCUGUGACUUGGACGCCGGAGGAGCGAUCGAUGCGGAUGGCUUCAACGACCCAGCCACGCACAGGCAGUAUGUCAUCUAUAAAGUGGACGGCAAUUCUGUGGGACAUGGCGGCGAAUGCUCCAACACUGUGGAUCCCAUCGCUCCGACGCCGCUCGUGCUGCAGGAGGUGAACGCUGACGAUGGAUACACUCUCAUCGGUUCACCGACCACGGUCUUGGUCAAUGACCCAGAGGAUGGCCCCAACAUUGAAGCCCCUGCGUUGGCCUAUGAUGGAUCUUUGGGGACAUACAUUAUCUUUUACAGCUCGAGAUGUUUUACAAUGACCCCGUACAACAUCCGCUAUGCUACUAGCACGAGCAUAUACGGACCCUAUACCAAGCAAGCCACGUCAUUCUUGAAGACAGGAAGCACGCCUGCCAACUUAUACAUCCCAGGAGGAAUUGAUGUUACCAAGGACGGCCGGCGUGCAGUAUUUCAUGGCGAUACGAACAUGGGGUGGUUUGAGAAUGAUGGCAGCAAGCGGGUGCGAGCCAUGUAUGCGAUGGAUCUUUCUUUGGGGAAUGGUGUAGUUCAGCCAGGUCGGUUGUACUGA